UGCUGCCCGCCCGCGCGGCCGCUGGCUCGCCGCCCGCCUCGCCCGCCCUCACCUCCGGGGCCGUGCCCCCGCUGUUUACAUGCCGGUGAAGCCCCCGGCCGCGUCGAGCCCCGCCGAGCGCCGGCGCCCCGAGGGUGAAAGCAGCCGACCCAGCGACUGGACUGGUUGCUCCGACCUGGGGCUCCGGACUCAAUCUCCGCCCGCUCCACCGCCGCCUCCGCCAGCAUCUGGGCGGGCUCCGGCGCUGGUCUUUUGAGGAGGGCUUGUGGAGUAAGGAAGGGAAUCCUGGGGAUUUUUAGGGUCCCCUCUGGUUUGGCCUUCGGGGCACUUCAGUCUCAGGGAACUCGCUCAUGGCUUUCUUGAUGAAGAAGAAAAAAUUCAAAUUCCAAACCACUUUCACCCUGGAGGAGUUGACCGCCGUCCCCUUCGUGAAUGGGGUUCUUUUCUGCAAGAUCCGGCUGCUGGAUGGCGGGGAUUUUGUCAGCUUGUCGUCAAGGGAAGAGGUGCAGGAGAACUGUGUCCGGUGGCGGAAGAGGUUCACCUUCGUGUGUAAGAUGAGUGCCAACCCGGCCACUGGCCUGCUGGACCCCUGCGUCUGCCGCGUGUCUGUACGCAAGGAGCUGAAAGGCGGGAAAGCUUAUUCCAAGCUGGGCUUUGCUGACCUGAACCUGGCCGAGUUCGCAGGCUCAGGCUCCACGGUGCGCUGCUGCCUGCUGGAGGGCUACGAUACCAAGAACACGCGCCAGGACAACUCCAUCCUCAAGGUCACCAUUGGGAUGUUCCUGCUCUCUGGAGACCCCUGCUUCAAGACGCCACCGUCCACUGCCAAGUCCAUCUCCAUCCCGGGCCAGGACUCCUCCUUGCAGCUGACAUGUAAGGGUGGCGGGACCAGCACUGGAGGCAGCAGCAACUCUCUGACCGGGUCCCGGCCCCCUAAGGCACGGCCUACCAUCCUUAGCUCAGGGCUGCCAGAGGAGCCGGAACAGAACCUGUCCAGCCCUGAGGAAGUGUUCCACUCUGGCCACUCCCGCAACUCCAGCUAUGCCAGUCAGCAGUCUAGGACCUCAGGCUGCAGCACGGAGCACUCACGCUCCUCCAGUCUUUCGGACCUGACACACCGCCGCAACACAUCCACCAGCAGCAGUGCCUCGGGUGGCCUCAGCAUGACCGUGGAGGGCCCCGAGGGCAGUGAGCGGGAACACCGGCCCUCCGAGAAGCCACCACGGCCACCACGGCCCCUGCACCUGUCGGACCGCUCGUUCCGGCGGAAGAAGGACUCGGUAGAGAGCCAUCCGACCUGGGUGGAUGACACACGCAUUGAUGCCGACACCAUCGUGGAGAAGAUCAUGCAGAGCCAGGACUUCACCGACGGCAGCAACACAGAGGACAGCAACCUCCGGCUGUUCGUGAGCCGCGACGGCUCCACCACGUUGAGUGGCGUCCAGCUAGCCAACAGGGUUUCCUCUGGGAUCUAUGAGCCGGUGGUGAUCGAAAGCCAUUGAAGAGCCGGCGUCUGGGCUAAAGAAGGUUCCAGAGCCACAUUGUUCCACGAGGGACCGCGCGCAGAAGUCGGCCUCUCAUGUGCAUUCGCACCUACGCCUGCCUGUGCCCAAGUUGUCAUUCCAUCGUCCUUCCCGUCCUCACUGGGACCCCCUGGCCUGGCCAGGCCCCAGACACCACUGUGAAUAUUCUCCGAACCACUAGAGGGCAGGGCACUUGAGCCCACGCUGCAGGGGGACCCUGCCUGGGCUGGGCAGCUCCAGGAACUGUGGGGAUGCCUGUGGCCAGAGGGCUCUUGCCUGAGUCCCCACUCACUCCAGGAGUCCCAGCCUUGGCUACAGCCGGGCAGGGCCCGGGGGAGGCCAGUCCGCCAUCCAUCCCUGUGACCCUCUGAUGGCUCAGUGUUUCAGCUGUCCCUGCCUUGUGUCCUGGAGGUCCUGCCGGCAGCCACCUCCAGAGAACCAAGAUCGGACCCCAGCCUCACUCCGGAUUGCAGCCCCCUGCCUCCCCUCCCGCAAAUGUCCUUCUGCUGCCCUCGCAGCCUGCACUUUGCACGUGCUUGUCCCCAGCACAGCCCCACUUCCCUCACCGUUCCCCUGAGCCCCAGGCUUUUCCUGCUGUGCAGCCAGAGGCCUGACGGCUGGCAGCCCGGCUGGAACACGGCGCUGCCUCUACUUCCUCCAAUCACCCCCGGCUCAACCCUGAGCCCCUGUGCAGAGAUAGGGCUGGGCCUUGGGGGGUGCCCUCCUGCCCAGGGCUGGGUCCUGAGCAGGCUGGUGCUCCCACAGAAAGGUCAGGGGCCUGGCUGGGCUGGGCUGGGUGAACAGAGCCCCCUUCCUGUGCCCAAAGGUCAGCAGCUUGGGCGCGGCCUGGUGCCGGGAAGGCAGGCAAGGGGGCUGGGAUUGGGUCGGCCGGAGCUGGCUUCCUGGCUGAAGAAGUCUCUGUCCCCUUCUGGGUAGAGCUGGGGUGGGGCCUGCCCGGGGUGUGCCCUCCUGAAGGGGGGCAGUCUGGUCCUGCCCCUCCCAAAGCCUCAGUUCGCAGCACUUUGCCCCUGUCCUUGUGAACUUGCUCAAAGGGGGGUUCUGGCUGGUAGCCAGCCCACCUGGGCAAAUGCCCCUGCCUUCUUCAAGUCUCAUUUUGUAUAAACCCAGCGGGCUGGUGUUCUAAACCUUCUGCCCCCUCCUGCCUUCCAUCUCUGCGUAGUUUGGAGUUCCCACUUGUUUUGCUCUCCUUUCUCCCCUGGAUGAGGGAGGUGUUUCUGUCCACUGCCCUACCUGCUGGCGGGGUCCCAGCAGGCCUGGGGACUCCACCCCCACCCUGGGGGCUGGAAGGGUGCUGGUGCGCUCCCCAGGCCGGGAAGGUUCCUUGCCCCAUUUUGUCUGCCCAGCAGCAAGGUCAUGGAGACUCCUGAUGUCGGAGCUGCCUGGCCCCACGACCAGAGUCCUUCUAGGGUCUCUGUUGUCAUCGUCACCCUUGUCAUUUUAAUAGCCUAACUCUGGUAGAGAGUGAAUGUUAGAGGGAGCCUACUCAGCAGGCCAGGACCUCGGCUCUGGCUGCGGCAGGCUCUGUCCCAGUGUGCAGGUCCCUGGCACUUCAGAAGGAAGCUGGCCGCACCGUGUGCGGGCCCAGCAGCCCCAGGAGCCAGGGGUGGCAGUGGGGGAGAGGGCACUGCUCUUCUCUGGUGUCCUUUAGUCUGAUUUGAAGUCCAGGACCCCCCACCCCAGCCUGGCUACGGGGCAAGCGUGACAGUCACCACAGAAGGACACACUGCCUGUGGUGUCUUCCCACGCCAGGCCCCAGGCCCGUGUCACUGCACUCAGAGUUUGGCCACAACCAAAUUAAUGCUGGCUGGAGCGUGUGAGUCCUGGAGCUCCGGCCCAGCCCGCACCCUGUCCCGGGGAGCCCACCCCGCAGGCUCAGUGAUUCCACCAGGCUGCCCUCGCCCCUGGGGUUUCAGAUGCUAUAGAGAGAUAAAGUCUAUUAGAGAUAUUUUUGGAAAGCUGUUGGUCUAUGCAAUGCCAGUUUGGAAUCUUGAAAGUUUAACGUUUUUACUAGGAGAGAGGUAAAGAAAAGUCUAUGAUAUUUUUAGGGAUUUUUUUUUCUUCCAGUCCCCACUACAAGCUGACCACGAGGCCUGAUCUGCCAGGGUGCAGAAUGUUCCUGCUCCCCCAUCCUGACAGGGCUCCCUGAGGGUGUGGGGGAGGGGUGUCUGUUUCUGAAUUCCCCUCCUUUCUAACAGAAUGUGCCCCCCCCCCCCAAUUCCUGGUCCCCUGUGGGUUGUGUUUGUAUCUGUCCCAGUUUCUGUCAUAGAAAAUAACAUUGUAAGGGGAAAUCGGCCUAGUGUCAGUGUCUGGGUUUGGGGGGAAAAACAAUUAAAUGUUGCAGUUUUUA